AUGCGGCGCUGGCGCGCGGCUCUGGUGGCAGUGGCGCUGGUCGCCGUAGCGGUGGGGGGCGCCGCCGAUGCGUCGGUUGGCGAGGGCGGAUUUCAUGGAGGGGAGGUACAUGAACCCAAAGGGUUGGCAAGUCUGCCACACCUAGCAAGGGCGCUGCUCCAGGGUACCGGGUCCGUAAACCAGCAGCAGGGCGGGACGAACUACUACUCUCAGGGGGGCGCCAGCGGGGCUACCUACGGCGAUGGACCUGCGACUUCCUACCAGGCCAGGCCGUACACAGGCCAGCCUGCCAACUACGGCACGGCACAGAGGAACUAUCCGGCAACAACCGGGGCUUACAACCCAGUGAACGGAGGCUACAAUGCGGCAGCGGGGGCCUACAAUGCCGCGCAGAGGGGUUACCCGGCAGCAGCGGGGGCCUACAACGCGGGGGGUAACACGGCAGCGGCGGGGGCUUAUAGUGCGGUGCAGAGAGGUAACACAGCAGGAGCCGGGGCUUACGCUGCUGCAGGGGGGCGUGGUCCAGGCACAGGGAUCCCACCAGGGAGCAGCCGGCACCCCGCACUGAUCGACAGGAUUCAGCAGCGCGUCAGGGAAUUCCAGCCCAGCACGGGGGUGGGGGAAGCGAUGCAGUCGAUGGCCCAGAGCGUCGCGGACAGGGUGGUGGAGUUCUUCAACGGAUUUUAA